AUGCCCGGCAAUCGAACACGAUCCAGACCCUGGCUGUGCCACCCACAGAAGCUCCGGCAGGUCCCCCACCCGCACGGCUCUCACCGGGCCACCCCGAACGUCGCUGUCCCAUCUCACCUCCCCAGUCUGGCGGCCCUAGUGGGCAGAGACCCGAGCACAUUCCCCGCCCGCAGCUCGCGCGCCUGGCCCGUGAGCCUCGCCCCCCGCGUCUCCGUCUACAGCGCGCGCCGCCCGCUGCUCGCGCGCACCCACGUCCAGGGCCGCGUCUACAACUUCCUCGAGCGCCCCAGCGGCUGGAGGUGCUUCGUCUACCACUUCGCCGUCUUCCUCAUCGUGCUGGUCUGCCUCAUCUUCAGCGUGCUCUCCACCAUCGAGCAGUACGUCACCCUGGCCACGGGGACCCUCUUCUGGAUGGAGAUCGUCCUGGUGGUGUUCUUUGGGACGGAGUACGUGGUCCGUCUCUGGUCAGCAGGAUGCCGCAGCAAGUACGUGGGCAUCUGGGGGCGGCUGCGCUUCGCCCGGAAGCCCAUCUCCAUCAUCGACCUCAUCGUGGUCGUGGCCUCCAUGGUGGUUCUCUGCGUGGGCUCCAAAGGGCAGGUGUUCGCCACGUCGGCCAUCAGGGGCAUCCGCUUCCUCCAGAUCCUGAGGAUGCUACACGUUGACCGCCAGGGAGGCACCUGGAGGCUCCUGGGCUCUGUGGUCUUCAUCCACCGCCAGGAGCUGAUAACCACCUUGUACAUCGGCUUCCUGGGCCUCAUCUUCUCCUCGUACUUCGUGUACCUGGCUGAGAAGGACGCAGUGAACGAGUCGGGCCGCGUGGAGUUCGGCAGCUACGCAGAUGCCCUGUGGUGGGGGGUGGUCACGGUCACCACCAUUGGCUACGGAGAUAAGGUGCCUCAGACGUGGGUCGGGAAGACUAUCGCUUCCUGCUUCUCCGUCUUCGCCAUCUCGUUCUUUGCGCUCCCAGCGGGCAUCCUCGGCUCUGGGUUCGCCUUGAAGGUGCAGCAGAAACAGCGGCAGAAGCACUUCAACCGGCAGAUCCCAGCCGCGGCCUCGCUCAUCCAGACCGCAUGGAGGUGCUACGCUGCCGAGAACCCCGACUCCUCCACCUGGAAGAUCUAUGUCCGGAAGCCCUCCCGGGGCCACGUGCUGCUCUCCCCCAGCCCCAAGUCCAAGAAGUCUGUCAUGGUAAAGAAAAAAAAGUUCAAACUGGACAAGGACAAUGGGGUGAGUCCCGGAGAAAAGACGCUCACAGUCCCCCACAUCACGUGCGACCCCCCGGAAGAGCGGAGGCUGGACCACCUCUCUGUCGACGGCUAUGACACUUCUGCGAGGAAGAGCCCCACACUGCUGGAUGUGAGCCCAGCCCACUUCAUGAGAACCAACAGCUUUGCAGAGGACCUGGAUCUGGAAGGGGAGACACUGCUGGCGCCCAUCACCCACAUCUCACAGCUACGGGAGCACCAUCGAGCCACCAUCAAGGUCAUCCGGCGCAUGCAGUAUUUUGUGGCCAAGAAGAAAUUCCAG